CCAUCCAUCAACAUUCAGGCGUGACAUAACCUCAAAUCUAAACAAUAAUAAACGUUUCCAAAGUUUCCUCCUCCUACGAAUUUACUCUCCUUUUUACUCAGUAUUUGACCUUUACUAUUUUGGUAGGUCUCUGGUAGAUUUUUUCACAAUCGUGAGGAGGAAGGAAAUCAGCCUAAAUAUGGAUGUCACUAUACUUCCUGCCCUAGAAGAUAACUACAUGUACCUGAUAACUGAUAAAGCAACCAAAUCUGCAGCAAUUGUCGACCCAGUCAACCCAACACUAGUCUUGGAAGAAGUUGCCAAGCGAGGUGUUUCGCUCGAAGCUGUCCUUACAACCCAUCAUCACUGGGAUCAUGCUGGAGGAAACACACAACUGAAAGAGAGCAUGGAAUCGUUGGAAGUUUAUGGUGGUGACUCAAGAGUCGACGCAGUCACAAAGAUUGUGCAGGACGGAAAUUCAUUUAAUAUUGGAACCCUAAAAGUGAAAUGUUUAUUUACACCGUGCCACACAACCGGACACAUCUGUUACUUUGUGUCUGCUGAUUCAGGACCCCCUGCAGUUUUCACUGGUGAUACUCUAUUUGUGGCUGGAUGUGGAAGGUUCUUUGAAGGAACUCCUGAUCAGAUGUACAAGGCUUUGUGUAAAGUUCUCGCGGGAUUACCAGAUGAAACAAAAGUUUACUGCGGUCAUGAAUACACAGUUACCAAUUUAAAGUUUGCUCGCACAGUAGAUCCCUUGAACCAGGAUGUCAUCAACAAACUCAGCUGGGCUGAAGGAAAACGGCGAGCUCAUGAACCAACCAUUCCUUCCACCAUUGCGGAUGAAAAGAAGACGAAUCCAUUCAUGCGAGUAGAGGAUUUAACUAAAAUUCAGCACCCGCAGGAGAGCAUCAGCGAAAAACUAGUCAUUGAUAUGAUGGGUAACAUCAGACGUCAGAAAGAUUCCUUUCGUGGGUAAAAAUUAGAUGCUAGAAGAACCAAACCAGUUCUCUCCUGGGUGAAUAGCCGAUGCAUAAUUUGGAAUUGAUUCUAACAUCUCCUCCUACCACAGUAAUUUCGGAAUUACAAUUUUGCUGCAGACCAAAAAUUUUCUCCGUUGAAAUUGGAGGACACUUUCCUCAAAAUAGGGUAUCUACAAAAUUGAAUAACCAAAAAAAUAUUAGGGGAAAAUAUUUCACCCCCAAAAUGUCAAGGAGAUGUUAUGAAAAGUUUUAAAUUUCCCCUCUCACCUGAUUAUGCUCUGAUCUCUCGAGAGUGAGUGAAGAUAUCAAAAAAUUCUAGCUCGGCAAAGAAAACCUGAGAGCAUUUAGAUCAUAUUUAAAAUUAGCAACAGAAAGUGCGCCUGUUUCAUGCAUUUUGUUAGAUCUUCAGUUAAAAUGAAAAAAGUAAAAGAUUCAGAUCCAUCUCUAGGGAAUAUUGUCUUUUUUAAUCUCUAAAAGCCUUGCAUUAAAUUUUGAAGGGAAAUUUUUUUACCUUAAAAAAUUAAAUUUUGAAUAGAUAAGUGGUUCCAUAAGUUCUCACGCUGUUAUAAGUUUUAAGUGCAGUUAAAUUUUUUGAAGGAAACCAUAUUCUAAAUUAUUCUGAAAAAUUUUUAAUAACGAGAGAAGUAAA